CCACAUUUUGCAAGCCUUCCCAAGUGUGGGAGUGGGGGGAUGGGGCACCACGUGGUUGCAUAAAAAGAACGCUUCAGCUGUUUUACGUGAUUCUUUAAUUUAAUCAAGUGUUAAGACUAUCCGAAGAAGUUAUCAUAAGAAUUUAAAAAUGUCAGAAACCGAGACCAAACCCUGCGAGCACCCCGAAUCCGCCUCCCUAGCAUGCGAAAUGAGAAAUUUCGAAAUCGAGAAACGAAAAGGUCGUGGUGCUGUCACCUCAGGCCUAACCCACGAAUGUGGUGUUUUCGGGGCCAUAGGAUGUGGCGAAUGGCCCACAACACUAGAAAUCUCACAAAUUAUAUGCUGGGGCCUCGUCGCCCUCCAGCACAGGGGCCAAGAGUCCGCCGGAAUCGUCACAAGCGAGGGCAAAUGCUCGAAAUACUUCAACAUUGUCAAAGGCAUGGGCCUGAUCAGCAACAUUUUCAACGACCAAGCGAUCAGAACGCUCAAAGGCAGCAUAGGGAUUGGACACACGCGUUACUCCACCAGUGCGGCGAGUGAAGAAGUCAACUGCCAGCCCUUCGUGGUGCACACCCAGCAUGGGGCCCUUGCAGUGGCCCAUAACGGCGAGUUGGUCAAUUGUGAUAGCUUGAGGAAGAUGGUUUUGGGGCGCGGCGUGGGUUUGUCCACCCAUUCUGACAGCGAAUUGAUAACGCAAGCGUUGUGCUUGAACCCGCCAGAGGGCGAAUCCAAUGGGCCUGACUGGCCGGCUAGGAUCAAGCAUUUGAUGCAGUUGGCACCACUGAGCUACUCGCUUGUGAUUAUGCUCAAGAAUAAAAUUUAUGCCGUCAGGGACCCCUAUGGGAACAGGCCGCUGUGUUUGGGGAAGAUGUUGCCGCAAAAUGAGCCCCUCGACGGCGACUGCGACGACAGCCGCGAAGCCGAAGGCUGGGUCGUCUCGUCGGAAUCCUGCGGCUUCCUCUCCAUCGGCGCCCAAUACGUGCGCGAGGUCUUCCCCGGCGAGAUAAUCGAAAUGACCCGUCACGGCAUCCGCACCAUCGACAUCGUCGAGCGCCCCGAAGACAAAAUCCAAGCCUUCUGCAUCUUCGAAUACGUGUACUUCGCACGCGCGGACAGCAUCUUCGAGGGGCAGAUGGUCUACGCCGUGCGCAUGCAAUGCGGCCGCCAGCUGGCCAUCGAGCACCCGGUGGAAGCCGACAUCGUGAGCUCGGUCCCAGAGUCGGGCACUGCAGCAGCACACGGAUUCUCGCGACAGAGCGGCAUCUCCUUCGCAGAGGUGCUGUGCAAGAACAGAUACGUGGGCCGUUCCUUCAUCCAGCCCAGCAACAGGCUGAGACAGCUGAGCAUCGCCAAGAAGUUUGGGGCGCUGUCGGGGAGCGUGAAGGGGAAGCGGGUGAUUUUGAUUGACGAUUCGAUCGUCAGGGGGAAUACAAUUGGGCCGAUUAUUAAGUUGUUGAGGAAUGCGGGGGCCACCGAGGUGCACAUUAGGGUGGCCAGUCCGCCCCUGCUCUAUCCGUGCUAUAUGGGGAUUAAUAUACCAACAAGGGAGGAACUUAUUGCCAAUAAAUUGGAGCCCGAUCAGUUGGCAGAGAAAGUCGGGCUAUCCUCAAAGGAUAUAAAAUCUGAACUGGACAAUACAUUGGGCGACUCUUCUCCUUCUUACACGACAAUUAAAACUUGGGUCGCGGACUUUAAACGUGGUCGUAAAAGCACGGAAGAUGCACCACGUUCAGGACGACCAAAAACCGCUACGUGCAAAGAAAUUGUAGAAAAAGUCCAUAAAAUUGUCUUGAAUGAUCGCCGGUCAAAAUUGGUAGAGAUAGCAGAAGCUGUGGGCAUUUCAACGGAGCGGGUACAUUACAUCCUAACUGAAGUGUUGGAUAUGAGAAAGUUAUCUGCGCGAUGGGUGCCGCGACUGCUCACACCAGAGCAAAAAUUGAUUAGAAAAAUGAUUUCUGAGGAGUGUUUGGCCCGCUUACAACACAAUCCGGUGGAUUUUUUACGAAGAUUUAUAACUGUAGAUGAGACGUGGAUUCACCAUUAUUCACCCGAAACCAAACAGCAGUCUAAACAAUGGACUGCAAAGGGGGAACCCGUUCCGAAGAAAGCGAAAACACUUCGGUCGGCCGGAAAAGUCAGUAUUGGGAUGCUAAGGGUAUUCUUUUCAUAGAUUAUUUGGAAAAAGGAAAAACAAUCAACGGCCCAUAUUAUGCUUCCCUGCUGGACCAGCUAAAACAAAAAAUCCAAGAAAAACGCCCUAGCUAGGCCGGAGACUUUUCAAUUUAUCCUCGUACAUAUGAAUUUCCGCUUAAAGGUGUAUAUUUGUUUAUAUUAAUGCGCAAAUGAUUUAUAUUUUUCAGAGUCCAUCCAGAUCCUUUUUCUUG